AUGAUGGCCCAAUCUCUUUCGUCGUUGACUCAAACAUGGCUUCAGUGGGACCAGGACCCUACUACUCGGGCGGAGAUAGAACAGCUUCGAGACUCAAAUGCCACAGAGGAGCUGGAGAAGCGUCUGCGUAAUCGCAUCGAGUUCGGAACGGCCGGCCUUCGAGGUCGCAUGGCUGCAGGAUUCUCGUGCAUGAACUCUUUGACGGUGAUCCAAGCCUCCCAGGGAUUGGCCAAGUUUAUUCGAGACAAGCGUUCUGAGAUUGCCCCCAGCGGCGUUGUCAUUGGACAUGAUGCGCGACACAACUCUGCGAGAUUUGCCGCACUUGCUGCCAACGCAUUCAUCGCGCAGAGGAUCCCCGUCUGGUUCUUCAAGGAAGAGGGACCAACGCCGAUGGUCCCAUUUGGGGUGAAUUACUUCCAAGCCGCCGCAGGUAUCAUGGUGACGGCAAGUCAUGCUACAAACUACUCGAGUAACGGCGCUCAGAUCAACCGACCCGAGGACGGAGAAAUUGCGCAGUCAAUUCUCGAGAACCUUGAACCGUGGCCGACUGCUUGGGCUGAGCUGCAGCCGGGUGAAUACUUGCGCGCCGAUUCCUACCAGGAACUGUUGCCUCACUAUGUCAAGCGAGUUGAAGAGUUCACGAAAACCACUGUCUCGGACUGGCAACCCCCUAGACCAUUUGUUUACACACCUCUGCAUGGUGUAGGAGGCUUGGUGCUUCCAGGUGUCUGUAACUCUAUAGGCAUCCACGACUUUGUCUCUGUCGCUGCCCAGGAAAAGCCAGACCCGGACUUCCCCACCGUGAAGUUCCCCAACCCAGAAGAGAGCGGCGCCUUGGAUCUUGCCAUUCAGACCGCUGAUCAAGAAGGGAAAACAUUGAUCAUUGCGAAUGACCCUGAUGCGGAUCGUUUUGCAGUAGCAGAAAAAGUGGGGUAUGUAACUCUCCAGUCUGGUUUACAAACGUCCCUAACGUGCUCCGAAUUUGACAGUGAGACUUGGCAUACCAUGAGCGGAAACCAUGUGGGUGUCCUUUUGGCCUCCCAUAUCUUGGAUUCCUUUGAGGCCGGUAGAGACUGGUCUCACCUCGCCGUGCUGACUACCACUGUAUCGAGCUCCAUGCUCGGAAAGAUGGCAGCUGCAAAGGGCAUCCAAUUCACUGAGACCCUGACGGGAUUCAAGUGGAUGGCCAAUGUUGCCCGGGAUUUAGAGAAACAAGGAAAGACCGUCGUAUUCUCUUACGAAGAGGCACUGGGCUACAUGUUCCCAUCUGUGUGCUACGACAAGGAUGGCAUCACAGCCGCCACUGUAUUCCUUGCAGCAGAGGCCAAGUGGAGAGCUCAAGGCCUCACCGCAUAUGGCAAACUCCAAAGCCUCUUCGCUGAGUUUGGCCAUCACGAGACGCUGAACAAUUAUUUCCGAUCCCCUUCCCCCCAGCUUACUUCAGAGCUUUUCCAGGGAAUUAGGAAGAGCUCUUCCCUCGCAGAAAUGAAGUUUGGGCCGUUCAAGGUUCUCCGAUGGAGAGACUUAACUGAGGGCUACGAUACCAGCACCUCUGACAAGAAACCAGACUUGCCAGAAGACCCUAGCAGCCAAAUGCUUACACUGUGGCUUGAGGGUGGGGUUCGGUUUACGUUCCGAGGCUCGGGGACAGAGCCCAAGGUCAAGUUCUACAUUGAGAGUUGUGGAGACUCUCGCGAGGACGCCGUCAAGGCAGUCUGCGAUGCAUUCUUGGCCAUCAGGGAGCAAUGGGUCCAGCGUUUUACGCCUUCGAUGACAUACAGCAAACAGCUUCCUACUUCGUCAGGUCAUAUUCUUGAUUUGGAUUAA